AUGGCCUAUAAAAGCAUUUUUGACUAUGAACUCACAUACCCACAAAGUGUAAAAAAUUCUUAUCUAUCUGUGGCAGGAUAUUAUGAUGAUGGGGACAAUCAAACUGAGACAAAAGUCGAAACGGUUGGUUAUGGAUACAAAUCAAGAAAGAGGUUGUUUUUGGACGAAAAUGGAAAUCCCUGUAGCGCCCAGUUCAUGUCAAAAUUGGAUGUAGAUAUAUUUAACCAGCCACGAUAUCUGGUAAAUCAAUGCGAGGUCGAUAUUGAACUCUUGCCCAACGACUCAAAUUUUUUACUGAAUACUCCCAUGGAAAAUGCACCUAAAUAUCAAAUAGAAGUAAUCGCGUGCAAACUUUACGUUAAGAAAAUUGAGCUGAUGGAUAGCUUAGCAUUUGAUAUAGCGAAAAAAUUAGAAAUAAAACCUGCUCGUUACCCUAUUAGAAAAACUUCAUUAAAAUCACUCUUCAUAAGCGAAAAUCGGACAGAAUUCAACGCGAACCUAUGGAUGGAUCAAGUACCACGAAGAAUCAUAUUAGGAAUGGUUGAUAAUAAAAGUUUUGUUGAGAUAUUUCAAUAA